GUGUGCGGCACCUACUCGGCAGACUACGGCUUCUUCGGUGUUCCCGGGGAGGCGCCUUUUGAGGCAGUGGCGGGCAAGGACCUGCCUGCGCUGGCGGGGUACGAUUGCAAGGUCCUGGCAGCGGACUUGGACCGGCUGGCGUACAAGAAGGUGAACGUCAAGAGUGACCAGGAGAGCUCGAUCGCAGCGGUGGUCCGGAAGCUCAAGGAGACUUGGGCCGGCGAGAUCAUCAUCGAGAAGGCCGAGCGCGCUGCCCAGAGCAUCCAUGACCUGGCGCGGACGCUCAAGGAGCAUGUGGAGAUCCAUGCCCGGAUGAAGCUGGACUCAAGGAGUCCGGUGAUAGCGUGGCUACUCGAGCACGCGUCGAACCUGCGCCACAUCUACAACCGCGGGGAGGACGGCGUGACGCCGUUCCAGCGGGUGAUGGGCAAGGUGUGGCAGGUGCCACUGCCGGCCUUCGGCGAGAGCGUGGAGUUCAAGAAACGCACGCGGCGCAAACUUGAGGCGCGCUGGGGGCGGUGGCUGUUCCUCGGCGUGAAGGUGGAGAGCGCGGAGAAGAUCGUUGGCGCGGAUCGCGGGGUCUUCGUGGCGCAGUCGUUGCGGCGGCUGCUGGAGGACCAGCGUUGCGACAGCGAGGCGCUGUCGAAACUGAAGGGUUUACCUUGGAAGCCAAUACCUGAUGGGAGCGACGACCAGGAGGCGCUGGAGUUUCCGGGCGCUGCCGAGCUUCUGCCGGACAGCCCAGAGGUGCCGAAGGCACCCGCCGAGGCGGCAGAGCAGACCACAGGCGUGCGGAAGUACUGCAUCACGUCCGCGGACUUGGACAAGUACUGA